GUGCGGCGUAAACAAUGUAACUUCAUCUGGCUGCUAGCUAACGUUAGCCAGCGAACAAAAGGGGAGCACGCCUCCAUCUGUUAACGAGCGAGUCAGAUGAGUGAGAUGGACUCAAAUAAUCAUUUCAACUAUGGCACCCACUCCUCAGCAAACUCAGGACUGAAACUCUCCUCAGGGGAUUCUCUUUAUACUAACGGGUCCUCCAUGAGUUUUCCUCAGCAGGGGAAGAAUAUGAAUGGCGAAAUGAAUGUGAAUGGCGUCACUACUGUACUUGGGUCCAGUGUACCUGGUUCCCACCCACCAUCGGCUUCUUACCCACACAUGAGCAACCACCACCAGAGCAGCAUGGGCUACGACUACUUGUGGGGAGGACACCCUCAGUAUGGUCCGGCCAUGGGCGCCUCGCCGGGGCACGGGAUGCACCAGAAGCAGCCCGGCCCCGGGAUGGUGCAGCCUCAGUCACAGCACCACUUCCAGAGUCACGGACAGUAUCAGCUGAACGGGGGCAUCGAGAGAUCCCAUCAGCCACCUGUGGCAGGCCCAGCAAACAUGCCUCUGACUGGGAGUCAGUACUGGAACAGGAGCAACCCCGGUCCGCAGAUCAGUUACAAUUCUCACAGCAUGUACGGGACCUACCAGAGUCAGGCUCACCCUGGGAUUACACCAUCACAGCAUCACCAGCAGCAACCCCUGCAGCCCCCGCCGCAUCAAGCAUCACAGCAGCACCUCCACUCCCACCGCCACCCCCACCCCCACCAUCACCACCAGCAGCACCAGCAGCCGCAGCAUUAUGGCAUGAUGCCCAACGGGAUGCCAUACUACCAGCAUCAGCCUCAACACCCGUCCCUGCCAUCCCCCCAGCAGCAGCAGCAGCAGCAGCAGCAGCCACCACCACAGCAGUCUCAGCCCCAAAGCCAGGCUCAGAUGAUGCCUCCAGCUGCCCAGAAUUUCACUCCUCCACGUGGCAGCCCGCAGCACCACAGUCUAGGCAGAGGGAGCACUGGCAGCCCCCUUCCCAUGGGGAUGUCCUCGGCACCGAUGAUAUCACCGUCAGCCAUGCCGGAUAGUGAAUCACCCAAGAGACACAACAAGGAGCGGAGCCCCCACACCAGCAGUGUUGGGAUUUCUUCUCCAAUGCCAGGGCAUACAAGAGAAGCUGUUAAGGACGUAGACUCCAGCUAUAAUGGCAGUGAUCGGGCACCUUUGGCUCAAAGAUUACACAAAACUGACAUUUACCAACCCAGUCUUUCUCCUGGUGAUUAUCGUCUGCAUCCUGACAAGGCGGGAGCUCCGCGUUCAGGCAUGGCGUCGCCUGUCAGAGAUCCGCUCUCCCAUUCUGUGUCAUCUCAGCUCCCUGUGUCGACAUCAGCUGUACCCGCUCCGCCGUUUCUAACCAAGGCUCCAACACCACCCCGGGUCUCUUCAGCCUCAGCCUUCUGUGGAUCUCCCUCAUCUGCGUCUGGACCCCCUGCAGUUUCAUCCUUUGAUGUCAAGUCGGCUCUGCCACAAAUCGCAGCAACUCCCAGUGUGUCCUUUGCCUCUUCUCCAUCUGCUUCUCCCAGACUUUCCUCCCCUCCCCUCAUGGUGCAAGGCCUCAGGCCUCCCACCUCCUGUGCAGCUGAGAAAUCUUCAGCAGGAUCCAAGCAUCUGUCAGCUGGACCCUCCUCGUCCUCUUCCUCCCCCUCCCCCUCCUCCUCUUCCUCCCCACUGUCUGUAUCACCUUCAAAGUUGUCUUCACCGCUUGCCACAUCUGAAAACGCGUCUCGACCCGCACCGGUUUCUUCAGGGCCUCCAGUUUCCUCUUCAGCUGACUCUUUGGUUCCUCAGUCAGAGUCCGCUCUGCCUCCUCGAGCAUCUGGACUCUUUACAACGACCUCACCUCCUGCUACAGUGUCCACGUCUUCUUACUCUGCACCUGUCUCCUCUCCCGAGAUGGAGGUGCCUCAUAGGUCCAAGCCGCCAUCGAUGACACCCAGCUUCCUUGAUAUACGUGGAAGUCAGCACGAGAGGGUUGGACCACCCAGAUUGUUGCCUGUUACUUCUUUGGAUCCGAAUUCCUUGGUUUCGUCUCAGAAGUCACUAUCAGGAUCCUCAGACUCAACAUCGCCAGGCUCCUGUUUAUCCACAUCUGUGUCUGUGUCCAAAAGUCCGUCAGCUGGGAGUAAACUCAGUGAGCCAGAGCCUGCAUCCCAGUGUCAGACUCCUCAAGCUGGCGAUUCUGGUCCUUCCUCGGCUUCUUCAGCGCCAGAGAAAGCAAGCGUACCUUCCCUAGUGACCCGUGAAAGCCCUACAGUCCGACCUCUACCUGCCCUACCUCUUCUAACCACUCAAGCCUCCAGGACUGCACCCGUGUCCGCCCCUCCUGCCUUGGUGUCUGUGCCUCCCGUAGUGGGUGCGUCUUCUGCCGCGGUCCAAAGUUCCGACGCCGAGCGGCAUCUUCCCAACACCACUCCUCCUCUCGUGCGGACGCCGUCUCCCAAGUCAGAGCACCACGGUCAUAGUGAGGAUCAGAAAGCGGCGGCUGUUGAAAGGAGUGAAACCCCAGAGGAGCACCUCCCUCAGCUCGAGCCAGAUCCGAGAAGGACACCACCUAUAGAAGUGACUGAUGCUCCUCAGUCUGUGCCGCUCUCACAGAAGGCCCUCAGAGAUCUUCCUGAAAGUCCCCCACAGACCACAGCUGCUCCUGAUCAAGAGCCAGAGAAUAAACCGACAGAUUCUGUCAGGCGGCACACGGAAAGCAGUUCCUCCUCUGAAGCCGAGGACUCGACGGAGGAGAAAAGUCCAUCCAGAAAGUCUUCACAGCGUAGCAGCACACGGGUAGAACAUCUGACAGAUGAACAAAGCUUCUGUGACUCUUCCCAGAUUUCCUCUCAAUACGACGACAGUUCAGCAUGUGAAACCCCCUCGAGAACCGAUGUCAGCUCCGUCUUGGAAAAGACCUCUGCUUUACCUGGUGAAAGCUCGCUCGCAGACAAAUCCACUGGCUUUGACAGCAGCUUUUACCUGAGCAAGGACACGUCUCAGCUUGACACCACUUCCCACACCGAAGAGGAACCAUCUGCCACAUGUGACACCACCAGAGACAGCAGCUCUUCUGGAGACAACUCCAGAAAUGACACACUGGACUCCACCAGGGAAGAAGAAGCCUCGGAGGCGGAAGAAACCAAGGACAGCUGCCAAGUCGCAGGAGAAUCAGAGCUGGAGUCUUCCCUUAACACCUCCCAGAUUGAUGAGCCUCCUGUUGAUUUGAACGAUGAAUCCAAAUUGGACUCAUUUGUUUCGUCUCAGUCUGAUCAUCCAGCAGAUUGGGAGCCCAGUGGACUCGACACGCCAGACUCAGCUGGACGCGUCGACCUGAAGACGGCUGCUAAUGAGUCGAUGACGGCCUCGAGUUUCAAGAUGAGAGAUGAGAAGUUCAUCGCCUUCAGUACCCCGGCAGCGAGCCCCGCCGUGCACCCGCUCCAGCCAGUCAGUGACGGUGCUGCGCCGGCUGCUGAAGGAAGUGUGAAAACCCCAGGGAAACCACGCAAACCUCGAGCUCCGAAGGGAGCGUGGAUUAAAUCCACAGCUCCAGAGGAGACCCAGCGGAAGCCUCGCGCUCGAACCCCAAGAGUGGAGAAGAAGCCUGAAGAAGAGGGACCUGCUAAAGAGGGGCCAGCCAGGGGCAGAAAGAGAAAGAAGUCUGUCAAGGGGGAUGGCAAAGAAGGAGCUCAAGUGGUGGGGGUUUCUGGGCUUCCCACAGAAGAAGUUGAUUCGGUGACGGCUGCAAUCGAGGCUGUCCUGGCUAACGUUUCGGCGCUCAGCACAACAGUCGAAAAAACCAAAAAGGCAAAAAGAGCCAGGAAACAAAAUCGGGACGGAAGUGUCAAAGCCCAAAAGCAAGACGCUGAGGCGACUGCGGAGGACGGCGAUGAAAACGACGACGACAGCUCCACUGCAGGUGAAUCUAACAGACGGAGGGUCGCGACUGAGGAGCAGGUCCAGUUCCCUCUGCUGCACGGUUGGAGGCGGGAGAUUCGUGUGAAGAAACUGGAGAACCGCAUGAAGGGUGAAACUUGGUACUACACUCCCUGUGGAAGAAGGAUGAAGCAGUUUCCUGAAAUAGUUAAGUACUUGAAGAGACACACUGACAGCAUCGUGAGCAGAGAACACUUCAGUUUCAGCCCACGCAUGCCUGUUGGAGACUUCUUUGAAGAGAGAGAAACGUCAGAGGGUGUGAAGUGGGUCCUCCUAGCAAACGAGGAGGUUCCCUCUAUGAUCAUGGCAAUCACCGGACGGCGUGGCCGACCUCCGAACCCCGAUAAAGAGAAACCUCGCAGGGUCCGUGGUCUGAAAGUGGGACCAGCCCGCCGCCCGGGGAGACCCCCCAAACCCCAGAUGACUGACCUCCUCAGCAAAGUGGACGCUAAGCUGCUGAAGCGACUCGAAGCCAAGGAAGCUCUCACGGAGGAGGAAAAGGAGAAACUAGCAAAAAUCAAGAAGAAAAUGAAGAGAAAGGCGAGGAUGAAGAAAAGAGAGGCUACAAAGAUUAAGAAGAUGAAAGAGGAGAAAAAGAAAGCCAAGCUGGAGCAAGAGGGGAAGAACUCGGAAGGAAAGACUGAAUCAGCUGACCUGACGGCCGCGCAGGGACCUCAGCAAGCAGUACAACCUGCCGCUGAGUCCAAGAAGCCCGGCCGCAGGAGGUCCGUCAAGGCCGAGGCCGCUCCGCCGGUCCAGCAGACUGACGUAGAGAGGAUAGCACAGGGUAAGAGGGUGCUGGGCGCUCGGAGUAAAGCCAAGGCCCUGGCCAAAGCUCAGGCAGAGGCCGAAGCGGCCGCCCGGGCCGCUCUGGCGGCGAAGAGGGCGGCGGAGCGGAGAGCGCAGGCCCAGAGACGUCUGGAGGAGCGAAAGAGGCAGCAGCUGAUUGCAGAAGAGCUGAAGAAGCCAGCAGAGGACAUGUGUCUCACCGACCACAAACUUCUUCCGGAGCUGACCCGCAUCCCCGGCGUGGUUCUCUCAGGCACGGCGUUCGCACACUGCCUGUCUGUAGUUGAAUUCCUCCAUGGCUACGGGAAGCUGAUCGGCCUCAAUAUACCCAAGGACAUCCCCAGCCUGGCGACACUGCAGGAAGGCCUGCUGGGUCUGGGCGACAGUCAGGGAGAGGUCCAGGACCUCCUCAUCAAGCUGGUAGAGGCAGCGCUGCACGAUCCAGGGCUGCCUUCUUACUAUCAGUCAGUGAAGAUUCUUGGGGAUAAGCUGGUGGAGUUGGAGCUGACCCGCAGCACGGUUUCAGAAGUACUACGAAUCUUUCUGGAGUCUCAUGGUUAUGAGACGGAGGUGUGCAACACACUGCGGACCAAAACAUUUCACACCCUGCCUCCAGACACUAAGGCAGCUAUUCUGGGUUUCCUGGUGGACGAGCUGAACAGCAGCAACAUCGUGACCAGUGACAUUGAUAACACUUUGGAGAACAUGACAACCUACAGGAAGAACAAGUGGAUCAUUGAGGGGAAACUACGCAAACUGAAGGCGGCACUAGCGCGUCGCACGGGUCGCUCAGAGGAGGAGCUCUGCUUCGAAGAGAGGCGGCGCAGCGCUCGAGUGGCCGAGGAGGAGAACCUCAACCUGGAGGAGAAUGGUUUAAUCCUGGAGCGGGCGAGCCGGCGUUCACGCAAAGAGGAGCCAAAACUCAGCGAUAGUGAAAAUCCCACCAAUGCCAGCAUUCCAGAGCUUGAAAGGCAGAUAGAUAAGCUAACAAAGCGCCAAGCAUUUUUCCGUAAGAAGCUGCUACAGUCGUCUCAUUCCAUGCGGGCCAUACUGCUGGGCCAGGACCGUUACCGGCGCAGAUACAUGGCGCUACCUCACCUGGGAGGAGUUCUCGUCGAAGGACCUGAAGAGCUGCUGACUUCGGGGGAUGUUCUUAUAGCUGAGGUGCCCGUCACCUUCCUGAAAAAAGAGCCCAAAGUUGAGGAGACCCCGAUGCCGACCACCCCCCCUCCUACUCUGCCUUCCUCUCCUUCUCCCGGCACUCCGGGCCAGCCGCCGGCCCUCUCCCCAGAGGACGACCCCCUCCCCGGCACCGCGUCCCUCAUGAGCCGGCCGAGGGGACGUGGACGCCCGCGAAAAAUCAAACCCGAGGUGGAGCUCCACCUCCGCACGGCGAAGAUCCGCCGCCGCCGCCGAAGCAGCGUCCGGUCUUCGGGCGACGACGGGCCGGGGUCGCCGAACGGCGACCUCACGCAGGCGGCUUUCCAGAGCUGGCUCAGCCAGUCGCAGGAGGCGGCGACGAACGGCACGUGCUCGGCCGGGGAGGCCCCGGAAGGCAAUCGGCCGGAGGAGAGCGUGAAGGAAAUGGCAGAGAAACAAGGACAGUGGUUCAACCUGCUCCCCAAACAGCCGUGCGACGACAACUCGCUAACCGAGCCCCAGAUACCCAAAUCGCCCAGUUCGCCCCCCAAACUCCUCCCUCAGAUCCCGAGUACUGUUCCACCUGUGCAGCCGGAUCCGCUCCUGCCUGUUCAGGCUCCCGCCGAGGCUGCGACUGCCUCGGCGCCAGAAGACGCCCCCCCAGCAGACCCCGCACCUGCUGCUCCCGAUUGUCCACCAACAAUCCCUCAGCUUCUCCCCGCUGACACCCCUCCCGCUCUCGCUCCGGCUCUGUCUCCCGCUCCUCCUCCUCCUGCCCCCGUCCCGGUUCCUGCCCCCGCCGCCCCCAGCACCCCCGCCAGGCCGAACCGGAGGCGGAGGAGAGGCAGCAGGGGCAGCAGUCCCGCGCGCAGAGGCCCGCGAGGAGCCGCCGCCAAGCGCCGCGGCCGUCCCCCCAACUCCGUUUUCCAGGAACUGGAGCAGCAGUUCUUCACGCAGCUGGUGGUCAAGCCCAUCCCAGCAUCGAUGGUGCGCGGCUGGUGGUGGAUCAAGGACCCAGAGGAGCUGUAUCACACCUUGCAGGCUCUGCAUCCGAGAGGCGUCAGGGAGAGGGUGCUCCACAAGCACCUGGCCAAGCACAUGGAAAGCUUAGCGGAGAUGUGCACCAAACCCAUCAACGACCCGCUGUUUCAGCUGAAGGUGGAAGCCAAGGACGUGUUGCUGGAGGCUCUGCAGCAGCCUUGGCAGGUGCAGGAGAAAGCGAUGGAGACGGACAUCAGCGCCUUGCAGUGGGUGGAGGACCUGGAGCAGCGGGUCGUAGCCGCUGACCUCCAUCUGAAGUCGCUUCCUCAGAAUGCCGUGACUGAGACUGAAACGAACGCAGAGGCGCCGAUGCCAGAGUUUCAGCCGUACACGAUUCCAGAGCCGGACUCCACGCGGGACGACCUCCAGUACUACGAGCACGACACGGACCCGCGGGACGACUGGAUCGUGCGAACGAAGAAGGAGUGGUCCGGCCUGCCUCGCAUCGCCACGCACCCGGUGGACCUGGCCGUGCUGCGGCUCGCCAAUCUGGAGAGAAACAUCGAGAGGCGCUACUUGAAGGAGCCGCUGUGGAACCCGGCGGAAGUGAUGCGCCUCGCCCCCCUCACUCCCACGCCCGGCGAGGAGCAUCCCAUGGACGUCAUCAGCCUGGAAAGCGAAAUCACCUCUCGGCUAAGAACGUGGAGGCAGGCUCUGGAUCGCUGCCGCAGUGCUCCUCAGCUCUGUCUGUGCUUGCUUCAGCUGGAAAAGGCCAUCGCUUGGGAGCGAUCUGUGACUAAAGUGACCUGCCAGGUCUGCAAGAAGGGCGACAACGAUGACUGCCUGCUGCUGUGCGACGGCUGCGAUCGGGGCUGCCACAUGUACUGUCUGAGGCCCAAAAUCACCCAGGUGCCCGAGGGAGACUGGUUCUGUCCCACCUGCGUCGCACAGGACGAAUGCGAGUCGCCGCGCUCGUCCAAAAAACGCACCAGGGUGAAGAAGAGAAGGUAUGAGGACGACAGCUCGGACGAGGAGGUGACGACGACGACGACGACUACGACGACCCGACGCAGCGGCGGCAUGACGACGCGGCUCAAAGAGGCCCCCACCCCGGCUCCCUCGCCCGCCUCGUCUUCCCGCCACUCUGGAGAAGGAAGCAGCGCCAAGCGGCGCCGCAUGAUGACACGCAACCAACCCGACCUCACCUUCUGCGAGAUCAUACUGAUGGAGAUGGAGGCCCAUGCAGACGCCUGGCCCUUCCUUGAACCCGUUAACCCCCGCCUGGUGCCGGGCUACCGCCGCAUCAUCAAGAACCCCAUGGACUUCCUCACGAUGAGAGAGCGACUGCUGCAGGGCGGGUACUGCAGCUGCGACGAGUUCGCCGCCGACGCCCAGCUGGUGUUCAACAACUGCGAGCUGUUCAACGAGGACACGUCGGAGGUCGGGCUGGCGGGACACUCCAUGAGGCGCUUCUUCGAGAGCCGCUGGGCGGAGUUCUACUCAAACAAAGACAAAUAGGAGCCUACGGCGCUCGCCCUCAUGGUGGGGCUGUAGACUGUUGGUGCUGCCGCCGUCCCAGUCGCUCUCUCUCUAUAUUACAUACUAAGACUGCCUGGAGCUCCUUCCAGCCACGUAUAUUCUCUCAUGUAUAGAUAUAUAUGUAUAGAUUUUGGCUAUUUGUCUGUUAUCGUUUCCUCUACAGGCCUAAUCUUUUUUCUACGGGCCGCUACAGCUGAAAUGGCUUGAACUUGUACUGACCCCCCCUCUCCCCCCCUCUCCACCACCGCCGGCCUCCUCUUGCAAACCCUCCCCACCUUCUCGCGUCGGCUCACCUCCACCUCGGCUCCCCGUCUCUUGCCACCGUUCUCCCGUCACGUCCUUCCACGAACUCCCACGUCGCAGCGAGGCCCCAGGUCGACACGGCCCCCCCCCCCCCCCCCCCCCCGGCGGUGCGGCGACGGGCCGAUCGCACUCAACGUGGCCGAGCCGCCGCGCGCUGGACCUGCUCGGCGUCGCUGCACGGCCAAAUGGAUCAGAGCUCAACACAAGAGCUCGGGCCAUUUCUCACCUGUUCAUUGGAAAUGUAAUGUAACGUGGUCUUAUGCCUAGAAGUAAUUUUUUUGCUCAAUAUAUUUUUAUUAUAUAUUCUAUAUAUAAAUAUAUAUAAAGAUUACAAUAGCUGGGAUUAUUUAAUAGCAAUAGCUUGUAGUGAAUGUGUACAGACUACCUUAUAGAGAUGUCUAGACCAUUUAUGAAACGGCCAGUUAAACUAAAAGGAAUCUGUUCUUGGACUGUCACGAGUAGACGUUGUAUAACCUCCACUUAAAGUCUUGCACGUACACCCACACACAUUUUACCAACAGACACACAGACAUGUACACACACAAACUUCACACACAUACCUACCAUGUGCUGCUGUGUGAAAGACACUGGUUUCUGAAACUGGAGGAUUUUUAAUUUAAUUUAAUUUUUUCCGUGCCGAUCAGUCGCUCUCAGACUCUCGGUUUUCACUCUUGCAAACGCUGAAGGGUAAACAUUCAGAUAGCGCCACCUGCUCUGUGUCUGUAGUCCUUUUCGGAGGACACACACACACAUGACGCUGUAAUCCAGUUUGCUUGAGAUUUGCUUCACGUUGCACACAAAUCUGCAGCUUCAGAUCUCAACAGUUGAGUGUGGAAAAACACGCACUUCUGUUUGCAGCUCGUCUGAUUGCGUUGAAAACUUAUAAAAAUCCCUCGGAUAGACUAAAAUCCUUCGUUUCGAAGAAUUGCAGAGUUGCUCUGAUGUUGAAGUACCGGGCUCAUUCCUGCCUGCCCGGUCUACUGUCUGACAUUCCUUAUAUUGAUGGCGUGCUUUUCAAGGGCCGACGCGCGGCACGGUCGGUGGGCUACGAAGGCGACGGGACGACUCCACGGUCUGGGUUUUAUUUAAAGUUGUUUUUUCUUUUUUUGUUUUUUUUCUUACACUGAACUCGAAUCCGCUGAUAGGAAACAAACUUUCAUGUUCCUUAUUACACUUAAAGGGACGCAGCGUUUUUUUCAAAAAAAAAAGAGAAAAAGUUUAAAAAAAAAAGAACAAACAAAAAAAAAAAAGAAGACACGAAAACCAAAUGUGGUGUUAAGUGAAUUUUUAAUAAUGUACAGUUUUGGUGACUUUAAAUUUGUUCCUUUAUAUUUUUAGGACCAAUUCAUCAUUUUUAAGAGGAGGUAUUACAAGACUCUGUUGUAUUAAGGUGAUGUAUCGCGUGUGCAUCUGUAGAAUGUACUGUGAGUUGAAUAAAAACCACAACUAGUAGAA